AUGGCAGCUGCAACUGCUCAUAAUUUUGGGCUCUCUGCCCUCGUCAGCUACCUCUACCAGUGGAUUCAAAUCCUCAUCGCGUACGCGUUUGCGCCCAAGCUUCCCUCACAACAAGUGAAGCAGAAACCACUUGGUCAUGUAGCCGUGAUCGGUGCCGGUAUCACCGGUAUCUCUACUGCCUCUCACCUCAUCGGACACGGCUUCGAAGUCACCAUCUUCGACCAAGCUGAAGAAAUCGGCGGCAUCUGGUCGCGCGUCAAUUCCACCUCGGGACUUCAGAUCAGCUCCAUCAUGUAUCGCUUCCACCCUGCAGUCAAGUGGACUCAGGCCUAUCCGCAUAGAGAUGAGAUUCUGAAGAACACGCAAAAGAUCUGGAAGAUGUACGAACUUGACAAGCGUACCCAUCUUGGUUUCAAGGUGGAAAACGUCACCAGGCACUCUUCGUCGACGGAUCCUCAUGAGCACGGACAUGCUCGAUGGGUGAUUAACGGCAACGAAAACGAGGUGUUUGACGGUAUCGUUGUCAGCACCGGUACCUGUGGAAAGCCAAAGAAGAUGGACCUCCCUGGAGAGGAAAAAUUCAAGGGCAAGAUUGUUCACUCUUCACAGCUCGAUGGCCUUGACUGCAAGGGCAAAAAGGUGUUGAUUGUGGGAGGCGGAGCCAGUGGUAUCGAGGCGCUCGAACUGGCUGUUGCACAGGGUGCCGAUAGACCCACCAUCCUGGCUCGCAGCGACAAAUGGAUCAUCCCACGCAAUACCAUCAUCAACUGUGCGCUUGCACUGCAGCCGUUUGGGCGCGAGACUUGGCUGUCGUUUAUCCCCGAGUUUCUGCUCAAGAAGCUGCACUACCGUGAUCUCGAGCAAAAGAUGGCGCCCACAAAAGGCUUCUACACAGAAACACCCAUCGUCAACACCAGCGCUCUGCGACACAUCCGCAAAGGUGAAGCCGACUACCAGCGUGGUGAUGUGCUCGAUCUGGACGAAAGCGGGAUCCACUUCAACUUGCGCAAGCGUGGCCAGAAAAAAGGCUCGGACGGCAAGAAAAUCCACUACGAAGCCGACAUCAUUGUCGUCGCUACUGGCUUCGAGGUGCCUUCGAUUGAUUUCCUGCCCCAGGACUUGUUCCCAGAGGACUAUGUUCGACCCAACAUGUACCUUCAGGUGUUCCCCAUCGAGGACUGCUCCGUUCUGUGCACCAACUCGACCUUCCGCAACGCUGUCGGUACAGUCGGCCAUAUCCACAUUGGCAUCAUGGCACGUACGCUAAUGCUGUUCCUGAUGGACAAAUCCACCCGUCCCAAACCGCGCGACAUGCGUCUCUGGGUGGACAUGAUUCGCUUCAUCAAGGACCGCGCUCCUGGUGGCCAGCUCGACUUCUUCACUUACAUGGAGCUGUGUAUCUGGCUUAUCUCUUUCCUCUUCUUCCGCUUCAACCGUCUCUACUACUUUUUCUUUGUCAGCUUCGGCUGGGGAUUCUGGAGCAGAGAGGACAAAGCGGACAAAUCGGGCACCCUGGUCGGAGAGCCCAAAUUCCACCUCAGUAUCAGUAAGCUUAUUGGAAAAGGCCCCACCGCUCAAUUCCUCAGGGACAAUUGA